AUGUCUGCCGUGCAGCUGCUGCGGGUGUCGGUACAUGAGCGGAUCAGCGCUGCCGCUGAAGACUUUCUGCUGCAGGUGGAGAAAGGAGGAGGAAAGGCUCAAGUCCCGGCGCUGAGAGCGCUGCUCACCGAGCGGCUCACAGCGGCGGGGGAGGAGAUCCUCGCAGGGCUUGAGGAAACCUUGGCGGAGUAUGAAGACAGAGUGGAGCGGUCAGAAAGGUCCGAGCGGGAGAUCUGCCGCCAGAGGAGGCUGCUCGAUGCCGUGAUGCAGCCCGUAGUCCGGCUGCACAGAGCAGUGUGUCCUCCAGCUGUCCAGCAACUGAUGUUGUAUAAAGAAGAGGUUACCCCUGAGGAGCUGCAGUGGAGCCCCCUUGUGGACCAGGAGGACCCAGAGCCCCCCCACAUUAAAGAGGAACAGUGGACCAAUCAGGAUGGACAGCAGCUUCAAGGACUGGAGGAGGCUGAUAUCAAGUUCACAUUGACUCCUGUCGAUGUGAAGAGUGAAGAAGAUGAAGAGAAACUUAAAUCGUCAAAGCUUCAUCCAAUUGAGACGAAGGAGAACAGAGCGGACUGUGGAGGACCAGGACCAUCCAGCAACUCAGGUCCUGGUGGACAUUUACAACCAGGUCCCGAGGACAAGACUGAAGACUCUUCUGACACUGAACACAGUGAGGAUGAUUGGAUGGAAACCAGGGAACCUCAGACUGGUUUAAAUACAAAAAAUAACAAACAGCCUCUAAGUGAUAUGGGAUGUAAGACAGGAAAAAAAUUGUUAAGUUGCUCUGAGUGUGGUAAAAGAUUUAACCAAAAGUGCACUCUAAAUAGACAUAUGAUGAUUCAUACAGGAGAGAAACCGUUUAGUUGCUCUGAGUGUGGUAAAAGAUUUAACCAAAAGUGGAAUCUAAAUUUACAUAUGAGGCAUCAUACAGGAGAGAAACCGUUUAAUUGCUCUGAGUGUGGUAAACGAUUUAACCAAAAGUGGAAUCUAAAUUUACAUAUGAGGCAUCAUACAGGAGAGAAAUUGUUUAGUUGCUCAGAGUGUGGUAAAAGAUUGAGCAGGAAGUCUGAUUUAAAGAGACAUAUGAGGUGUCAUACAGGAGAGAAACCGUUCAGUUGCUCUGAGUGUGGUAAAAGAUUUACCCACAAGUGGAAUCUAAAUUUACAUAUGAUGAGUCAUACAGGAGAGAAACCGUUUAGUUGCUCUGAGUGUAGUAACAGAUUUACCGAAAGGGGCAGUCUUAAUAAACAUAUGAGGACUCAUACAGGAGAGAAACCGUUUAGUUGCUCUGAGUGUAGUAAAAGAUUUACCGUAAGGAGCAAUCUAAAUACACAUAUGAGGAGUCAUGCAGGAGAGAAACAGUUUAGUUGAUCUUAGUGUGGUAAAAGAUUUAAGAUCCAGUCCCAUUGCACAAAACGUGAGGAUUCACAAAGGAGAGAAACCGUUAAGUUGCUCUGAGUGUAGUAAAAUAUUUACCGUAAGGAGUAAUCUAAACACACAUAUGAGGAGUCAUGCAGGAGAGAAACAGUUUGGUUGAUCUUAGUGUGGUAAAAGAUUUAAGAUUCAGUCCCAUUGCACGAGACGUGAGGACUCACAAAGGAGAGAAGUGAUUCAGUUGCAACCUUUGCAACAAAAGAUUCAUUAGGAUUUAUCAUCAAAUAUUCAUAUUAUACAUAUUCAUAGUUCACUGUUUUAAAUAGACUAUUAACAGUUUUUAUGUCCCUAGAAAGUAUAACUCAUUGAAUAACACGAAAGAUUUGUGUUUAAACAUAUUGUUUUUCUACUGAUUUCUACAUAAUUUAUCUAUUUUUCAUAAUGUCCUUCAUGUCAUUUUAAGGUAUGUUCCUCGCACAGUAUUAAUGUGUGUUCUUAACUAGUUCAUAUGAUUAAAUAUGUUUGUUUUAGAGCAAUGGUUUCUUGGUUCGUGAUAUUCAAUGACAGUGUGUGUUCUUAUUUAUGUAUUUAAUGUGUUUCCAAGAAUAAAAGUCAAAUUAAAAGAUAA